AUGUAUCAUAGGAACCCAGGUGCUGAUGCAAUAGCAGACCCACUUGAUUGCGUUCUUGGGCUUCCAUCAGGGUUUGAGGAGAUUUGUCACCCUGUUACCUCCAGCACCUCCUCCAAAAGACAUAGUCAUCGUCAUAAACGAUCUCAUCACAAGCAUCGAAUGCGCCAUCGGGAAGUUUCUCCAAAUUCAGAAGAUACCGUGGCUUAA